CGUCUAAAAUCGAGUGCCUCCUCUGGACUCCGCAUACAGCUAAACAAACUACAACAUCACCCUGCGCCUUUGUUGCCAGACAGCGGCUAUAUAUCGUUCCGGCUAGCUUAGCUGAGGAGGAAAAGGUUAAAGAAAAACGCCACACACAAAAAAAAAAUGAUUCGUGUUCCGUUUUGAUGUAGCCGAACAAUCCCGAACGUGGGAUCAGUAGCAGAUUUAGUCGAAUAAAUCGGUCGCUAUACGAGGACGUUUGACAGAACGAGGAGAGUACACAUGUCGUCUGCAGCAGAGACGGUGGAAAAUGCCUCCAUCAUGUCAGAGAGUCUGGCCCAUGACGGGAACCGCUUGUGGAUUGGCAACAUCGAUCCCAAAAUCACAGAGUAUCACCUGGUGAAGCUGUUGGAAAAGUUUGGCCAGGUGAAACAGUUUGACUUCUUGUUCCAUAAGUCCGGGCCUAUGGAAGGACAGCCACGCGGCUACUGCUUUGUCAACUUCAGCACCAGAGAGGAGGCCGAGAGGGCGAUCCAGUGUUUAAACGGGAAACUAGCUUUGUCCAAGAAGUUGGUCGUGCGCUGGGCGCACGCACAGGUGAGGAGGUUUGAAGGUUUCCGUAACGACAAGACGAUGCCUCCCAGCCUGGAGCCGUCAUCCAGCGGUGCAGCGGAUGACGGACCCGUAACAGCCAAUCACCUCAGUACAAGUGCUAAAAUCCGCGCCAUCGAGGCCAAGCUCCAGAUGAUGGAGGAGAAUCCAGAAGACGACUACUCCGGCCCGUCGGCCUACGAGCACAACAAGCCACCAGAGAGGAAACGCUGGGAGCCCUACUCUAAAUCACACCACAACAACCAGAGCAGGCCCUUCCGCAAGUUUCGGAGAUGACCCCCCACCCCCCAUGCUCCUGCUCAUUCUGGAGACCCCCCGCCCACCACCACACCUCAGCCCCCACCUCCACACAAACAGAUACUAUACAGACUUUACACAUCCUAUCUGGGAAUAAAAAGAUUUUUGAACUUGUUCAAAAUUCCUUCAGAACCUGGACUCUUUUGGGAGUAAUCGCCGACGAGUACCUGAAGUGUUUUUGUUUAUUUUUGCUUACAGUACGUCAUUAGUUGUUUUUUUGUUUUUUUGUAGUUUUGGCUAAAGUACAGCCCAUACCUGACCGCUGUGCAGGUUGGAUCCCUCAUCAGUCUGCUUUCUCAUUGUUACAGAGAUUCAGUUCAGGCUCGUCAUCCAGCUGUGAUGCAAAGCUGCUACAGGAAAGAACUUUUUUUAUUGUUAGAGAAAGAAUUCUCUAAGGUUUUUUUUUUUAAACUUCCAGAUAACAUUAUUUAAAUGAGACAGAAAAAAUUAGGGACUUAAAUAUUCAGCAUUUGUCUUUUAAUUCAAGAAUGAAGAGGAAGAAACUCAAAGAUUUAUAACAGGUUUGUAUUUAUGGAGUUUAAAUCAUAAAACACAAGAGACUCAGUGUAAGUUGCAGUGUGUGUGUGUGAAGUUUUUUUGCUUUUUUCCUAAUAGUUUAACCCCCCAAUCCAAUUUUUAUGCAGUUAUUGUCCAAUUAUUUUUUUACUGAUUUUCACGUGGUAUGUAGUGUUUUAUUUUUUUUUCAUUUUAAUUUUUCAAUUAAAAGCGAAUAAAUGUCUAA